CCCUACGUCAUCAAUGUUGGCGGUAUUUUGAAAAGGAGGCGCCUGUUUGUUUUCGUCCGCUCAGUGAGCGAUAUUUGACAAACUAUGGCCGAGGUGAAGUCGGGCGAGCGGGCGGCGGCGGUGCUGUCGGAGGCUGCGCAGUGUGAGCUGCUCGACCUGUGCGAGGAUCAGUUCGCGCAGCUGGAGAAGCUUCAGAAUGAGGUCAUACUGUGCGAACCGGAUUUCGGUGAGAAUCCACAGGAGCAGUCAAUAAAUCGACUGAUAGCCACAGAAGCUGAGCUGAAGCAGUGGCUGGCAGUGGAGCCAAAAUUGCUGGCAGCAAAUUCAGAAGUUUUACUUCAAGCUGGAAAAGAGGAGAUGCUCAAGCUUUGCUCUGAACUUGAGAUGGUUGCUUCCUGCUAUGAGGCAAAGCGAGACAAACUGAGAGAAACCAAAGAACUGGAACAGAAGUGGCUGGAGCAGAAGAAUCAGGUGCUAAUAGCGGCCAGUGAUCAUGCUGAACGACUUCGAAUGGAAAAGGAGACAUUGUCAGAGCUAAGUGUACUGCAAGACACCAAGGCCAAAAUCCAGAAAAUGAAGGUCUAUCAGGAGAGGUUGAUGGAGUCUCUGGGGGACGUCCUGGAGAAGCACGUUCCUCUCCCUCAAAAUGAACCCAGUGCGAACAGGAAGAAAAAGAAUAUUGAACUGGAGAUAAGUGAGGACUUGAUUUCACUUAAUGAAAUUCUCGAGGUGCUCAUGAACAAGGUCCUGAACACACCGCACGACCCUUACGUGACGAUAGACAACACAUUCUGGCCGCCGUACGUGGAGAUGCUUCUCCGCUAUGGGAUUGCAGUGAGGCACCAAGAGAAUAACUUCAAGAUCCGCCUGGAGACCUUCUUUUAGGGCAGUGCUGCAUUAGCCAUCUUAAGCGCCAGAGUUUUUAAGUCUCUGAGUCUCCUUGUACAGUGCUGUCGUUAUGUGUAUUUGUGUAAGCUGAUAUGAAGACUGAUAUGAAAACACUUAUUUACUGUAUGUAUAGGUCUAUAGUAGAGUGCAUUAAAGUAUGAGCAUUUUAUGACUUGCCCAUUAAGACUUUACCUGACUAUUUUUUAGUUCAAGAACCGAUUUGCUUGUACAGGAUAACCAUGGUUUCUUUUAAAAACAAUGACACCAUCUACAGUAAAUCAAAGUUAUGAAAGUAUAAUUUUUUCACUGAGCACUGUAAAUAACUUUGUUCAUGUGACCUCUGAUUAAAAUCGAAUAAGUUUGAGUGUCCUCUUGACCACAUAUUUUCUCUGAUCAUAUUUUCAUAGCUGUUUUCGUUUGCCAGGUUUAAUCAGCAAUGUACAGUAUGUAAGAAUGCAUGUGUUGUUUGAAUUAAUCCUAUAUUCACUUCUUUAAAGUGUCAAAAGAUGAAUAUCUGAACAUUCAUUUUUGUUAAUAUUUUCUUGUUCAUGUUCAAUAAAACUGGCAGCUGCAGCUGUGGUGAUGUUA